AUGGGCAAUUUACUCUCACAGACUUCAGCGAUAGUCAGUAACCCAGCGUCCUGGGCUACGCCACUUCCACCGGACGAAGAUGCGUCGCAAUUCACAGUGUCGAAGGCAAAGUCCUUCGACUACGUGAUUGUUGGAGGAGGUGCUGCCGGAUGCGUUCUCGCUUCCAGGCUUUCUGAGGAUCCUGCUGUCACGGUACUCCUCAUCGAGGCUGGGCGGAGGUCGGAAAAUUUACUCGCUCGCAUGCCCAUGGGCUUCGUGAAGAUGUUUCGUAGUUCAUGGGACUGGCAAUACGAAACUACCCCCCAGAAAGAGCUGAAUGGUCGCCGUGUCUCCUGGCCGAGAGGCAAGCUGUUAGGAGGCUCGAGCUCUAUGAAUGCUCUUGUAUAUCACCACUGCGCUCCAGAAGGUACGACGAUCAGUGGAUUUUGCUUGUAUAAAGAGGGUGCAACGGGAUGGGGCUACGAGUCUCUUAGGCGGUACUUCCUGCGCUCCGAAAGGUACAUACCCGAUCCAGCACAUCCGGGAGUGGAUGUCUCCUUGCGUGGAAGCAGCGGCCCGGUGGUUACUCGCUACAGUGAGGUCGCCCCCAUCAUGCCCGUCGUUUUAGAAACGGUGAAGAACAUGGGAAUCCCCUUGUCGGACGACUUCAACACGCCGCGAGGAACACUGGGGGCCGGAAAUUUCGUUGCUACUAUCGAUGCAAAGCGCGAGAGGAGCUCAUCAGCUACAGCGUAUCUCAACGACGCGGUCCUCCGCAGGCCGAACCUUACAGUAGCUGUAUCCGCUACAGCGGAGAAGAUCAUCUUCUCAUCCGGCAGUGACUCUACGCCAAUUGCUGCUGGCAUCCAGGUCUCGACAAGCAGGGCUGGGUCGCGCUUCGUCAUGGCUGCUCGAAAGGAGGUCAUUCUAUCGAGCGGCGCCAUCGGAAGCCCCCAGUUGCUCAUGCUGUCUGGAAUUGGUGCCUCCGAGCAGCUCUCCAAGUGGAAGAUACCGAUUGUCAAAGACCUCCCAGCAGUCGGACGCAACCUGCUGGAUCAUGUCUCCGCAGGCGCGUUGCCGUUCCGAGCAAAGCCCAAUCUCACCUGGGACCCAAUUAUACACGACCCACUGAGGGCAUUUUUGGCGUUCGUGCAGUGGAUGACCAUCGGCACUGGGCCGUUCAGCACGAACCCGACCCACGUUGGUAUAUUUGUUCGCGCAGAUGACCCGAGUCUGCCAUACGGACAAGACUUGCAUAUCAAUGACAACUCAUCUGGGCCCGGUGCUCCUGAGAUAGAACUCGCCUUCACUCCAUUCACCGUCGUAGACAGCGGGGCACGCAAGUUUCCCCGCGGGACAUGGGGGAUAACCGCCGGGUCGCUUCUACUCAAGCCCGAGAGCACAGGCUCCAUUGAGUUACGCUCUACGAGUAUCUAUGACCAUCCCAUCAUCAACGCUAACUACUAUGCGACGGAGACCGACUGGAAUGUCAUGAUCAAAUCCGUCCGUCUCCUCUUGCGCAUCGCUAAUACGGCUCCACUUUGCGACGCCCUUGAUAUCCGGACCUCCGACGCCACGCACGAUGAUGUUUUCUGGCCCGGCGAUGCUGACCCUGACAAGAUCACCGACGACGAGAUCAAGGCCUUCAUCAGGAAGCGGGGCCAAUCUGCCUGGCACCCAACGACCUCUGCGAAGAUGGGAGUGGACCCUAAAGAUAGCGUUGUCGAUCUCCAGCUUCGGGUCCACGGGAUACCGAACCUUCGCGUCGUCGAUGCCUCCGUUUUCCCAGACCAGGUCUCUGGUCACCCGUGUGCUGUCGUUGUGGCGAUCGCCGAGAGAGCUGCAGACAUCAUCAAGGGCGUGGUGUGA